AACCCUAACUAAACAACGCCCACCCUUCCAUUCUCUCCCCCAAGCAACCGCAUCUCAUCUCAAAUAAAGAACAUUAAAAAAAGCACCCCCCGAGUUCCUAACCCACAGCUAUCAGCCAGCCGCAACCCAGCGAUCUCGACAGCAGCAGCGGCGUCUUUACUCUGCAGAAAUGGCAGAAGCGCCUCUACUUGAUAUUGAGGAGGAGGUUCGCUCAUUGCAGCUUGACUCAGCAGAUUGUGCAUCAGAGAUAAAUGGGGUGAUUAAUCCUGAAGAUGCAAGGCCAGAAGAAGUUGAGAAGGUGGAUGAGAUGGAGAAAGAUUCAGAUGAUAAAGUCACUGUGAGCUCUCAGGAAGUGCAGGCUGAGUUGCCCAAAGUGAAAGAUAAAGAAGUACCUGCACCAGAAGAUGUGGAAGCAGUGGUUGAGAUGGAACAGUACAAUAAGAAGCGGCACUUAAAUGUUGUUUUUAUCGGCCAUGUUGAUGCUGGCAAGUCCACCACUGGGGGCCAGAUACUCUUUCUUAGUGGCCAGGUGGAUGAUCGCACAAUCCAGAAAUAUGAGAAAGAAGCUAAGGACAAAAGUAGAGAAAGCUGGUAUAUGGCUUAUAUUAUGGACACUAAUGAGGAGGAGAGGGUUAAGGGCAAAACUGUUGAAGUUGGAAGAGCACACUUUGAAACAGAGACAACAAGAUUCACAAUUUUAGAUGCACCGGGUCACAAGAGCUAUGUUCCAAAUAUGAUUAGCGGAGCAUCUCAGGCUGAUAUUGGCGUGCUAGUUAUUUCUGCUCGGAAAGGAGAAUUUGAAACUGGCUAUGAGAGAGGUGGGCAGACCCGUGAGCAUGUUCAACUUGCAAAGACCUUGGGUGUUUCUAAGCUGCUUGUUGUUGUAAAUAAAAUGGAUGAGCCAACCGUGAACUGGUCAAAAGAAAGGUAUGAUGAGAUUGAAUCAAAGAUGAUACCGUUUCUUAAGUCUUCUGGCUACAAUGUGAAGAAAGAUGUCCAAUUCCUACCAAUAUCUGGUCUAAUGGGCACCAACAUGAAAACAAGAUUGGAUAAGGCUGUAUGUCCAUGGUGGAAUGGCCCAUGCCUUUUUGAAGCUCUUGAUUCUAUUGAAGUUCCUCCACGAGAUCCAAAUGGUCCUUUGAGGAUGCCUAUUAUUGACAAAUUCAAGGACAUGGGAACUGUUGUUAUGGGCAAAGUAGAGUCUGGUAGUGUGACGGAAGGUGAUACCUUGUUGGUCAUGCCAAACAAGACUCAGGUGAAAGUUCUUGCUGUGUUUUGCGAUGAAAAUAAGGUAAGACGUGCAGGACCAGGAGAAAAUGUGAGGGUUAAAUUAUCUGGAAUUGAUGAUGAGGAUAUAUUGUCGGGUUUUGUUCUUUCAAGUGUUGCAAGGCCAAUCUUUGCAGUUACAGAGUUUGAUGCCCAGUUGCAAAUCCUUGAGUUACUGGAUAACGCAAUUUUUACAGCUGGCUAUAAGGCUGUCUUGCACGUACAUUCUGUUGUUGAGGAGUGUGAGAUUGUUCAGCUGCUGCAGCAAAUUGAUCCAAAGACUAGGAAACCUAUGAAAAAGAAAGUCCUCUUUGUGAAGAAUGGCGCAAUUGUUCUCUGCCGUAUUCAGGUAAACAAUUUGAUAUGCGUUGAGAAAUUCUCAGAUUUUCCACAACUCGGCAGGUUUACUCUUCGUACUGAGGGGAAAACAGUUGCAGUGGGAAAAGUCACAGAACUUCCUUCUGGUUCUAAUUUUUGAACAAUUUUGCAUUAAAGGCAAUCAGAGUCAAAUGGACCACUUUUUGUGUGUUUUGGCAGCCUACCUAUAAAUCAUUACAUGUGUCGAUUCGUAUAUAUGGGGGAAGGCGCUUCUUAUGCAGAGUUUUUGGAGGUUGGGUAAUGGGCACUGGUUCUUGUUCUUUAUCCCCUGUUCAGAGUAGUGAUGUUUUAGAUGUUUUAAUCAUAGAAUGUACCUGAUUCACCAAUUGCAUGAUUAUUGAUCAAUGUCAUAAGUUUGUCAGGCAUGGGAUUUUUCUUGAUUCCCAUAUAGCGUGAUAUGCUGCUAUUAAGUUAAUCAAAUGUUUUCAAUAUGGGUGCCAUAUUUGUGACAUUAUCCCCGCGGUUGGAUUAUCUAUGACUCCUGUUUUGAUGCCACCUAGUUAUGUAUACUUGGUUUCCAUAACUAGUAUAUACAUAUUGCAUAGUUUAAUGGUG